CAGAUCCCCCGUCGGAAGACUGUACAUUGGACACAGAAAACAACACAAAACAAACUUAUUUUGCACCCAACGGCAAAAGAAAGGCAUAUAUAUUGGGUAACCCAAGGCCUAAAAACAAAGCAUCCACACCGGGCUAUGGCGUCUAUCUUUAUAAUUGGAAAAUGGCAAACGAACACGGUACACUAACAGAGCGUCAUUUCCGGUUCUAUCGCGGGACCUGCGUUAUAGGUGGCGACCACUGUAAAGCUUAUGUUAUGUUUUUGACUAUUCUUUUGAAAACCUCCUCAUCACAUGUUCUUAUUGCCGGACAAUAAGAUACAGCCAAGUAAGACGCUGCUCUCUACGAUGGUGGUAGGGGCUUGAUUGUGUACACAAAUACAACAUGCCACUGUCAGAUAUUCUGGACAGUCUGAAGGACAACCCCUACUUCGGGGCUGGAUUCGGACUGGUAGGGGUCGGAACCGCAUUGGCCUUGGCCAGGAAAGGAGCCCAGGUGGGGAUGGUGUUUUUCCGCAGGAACUACAUGAUCACCCUGGAGGUGCCCAGCAAGGACAAGAGCUACCACUGGCUCCUGAGUUGGAUCACCAAGCAUGCCACUCGAACCCAGCACUUGAGCGUGGAGACGUCCUACAUGGCGCACGAGAGCGGUCGCGUUAAAACCCAGUUCGACUUCCAUCCCAGCCCGGGGAACCACAUCAUCUGGUAUGGCCACAAGUGGAUCAGGGUAGAGAGGACCAGAGAGAAACAGAUGAUCGACAUGCACACGGGCACCCCAUGGGAGUCCGUCACAUUCACGGCGUUGGGCCGGGACCGCAAAGUCUUCUUCAAUAUUUUACAAGAAGCCAGGGAGUUGGCCUUGAAGCAGGAAGAAGGACGCACGGUGAUGUACACGGCCAUGGGCGCCGAGUGGCGCCCCUUUGGGUUUCCGCGGCGACGCAGACCCCUCGGCUCUGUGGUCCUGGAGGCAGGCGUGGCUGAAAAGAUUGUGGCUGAUGUCAAGGAGUUUAUUGGGAACCCCAAGUGGUACACAGAUAGGGGCAUCCCAUACAGGAGAGGAUAUCUGCUGUACGGACCCCCAGGAUGCGGGAAAAGCAGCUUUAUCACGGCUCUGGCCGGCGAGCUGGGCUACAGCAUCUGUUUGAUGAGUCUGAGCGAUCGCUCGCUCUCCGACGAUCGUCUCAACCACCUGUUGAGCGUGGCACCGCAACAGAGUAUCAUCCUGUUGGAGGACGUGGACGCCGCCUUCGUAAGCCGAGAGCUGCUCCCGACGGAGAAUCCUUUGGCCUACCAGGGAAUGGGACGGCUGACUUUUAGUGGCCUGCUGAACUCUCUGGACGGCGUGGCUUCAUCCGAGGCCAGAAUUGUCUUCAUGACCACCAACCACAUCGACAGGUUAGAUUCAGCGCUGAUCCGGCCCGGCCGCGUGGAUCUCAAGCAGUAUAUCGGCCAUUGUAGCCACUGGCAGCUCAGCCAGAUGUUUGGACGCUUCUAUCCGGAUCAGGCCGUCUCGGAGGGUGAACGUUUUGCCACGUGCGCCCUGGCGGCCCGCACUGAGAUCAGUGCGGCUCAGGUGCAAGGACACUUUCUGCUGCACAAAAUGGACCCAGCGGGAUCGAUACAAAACAUCGCCCAACUAAAGGAAUAACAGGAGUGGGAUCUUUUUUAUUUUUUUUAUGACUCUACAACGUUAUGGAGUGUUAUUUCUUUUUCCCAUUAAAAUUGAUAUUCCAAAAAUA